AUGCAUUUCGAAACUUCCCCAGGUUCUUCGCCUUCCAAGUCGAUACCCAUCUCCAUCACCAAGAUGUCUUCACCGACAGACUCCCUCUACAGCAACUGCUCCAUCGAGUCGUCGACAUCCAGCCGCGGCUCCUCAUGUGCCUACCCUUCCUGGCCCACAGGCAGCUCGCUCGGGUACCGCAGCACGCCCAGUUCCUACAUCAGCGACGCCGACCUUUUCGGCGAGGACUUGGAUGACGACCUCUCGUGCCCCUACCUCCAGGAAGCACCCGCACCGCCACGCCAGCCACCGAUGGCGCAGGCCUUCCCCAUCUUGCCCCCACUUUACGCCUCCGAGAAGCCAAAGAAGCAGCAACGCAGGCGAAGCAGUGGCCGCAAGCCUCGCCGCUCCAGCAAGCCCAUGACUCCCAUCUCCGAGUCACCUGAAGCUCACCGAGACUGA